UCUCCACUGCUUUCCCGCCGACUCUACCCCUCUCUCCAAAAACCGUAAUGGCUGACCCUAAGCGCGUCAAGAUGAUGCAGGACGACCUCAGCAAGCUUUGCGUCAACACCAUUCGCGUGUUGGCGGCCGACACGGUCCAAAAGGCCAGCAGCGGCCACCCCGGUGCCCCUAUGGGCUGCGCUCCGAUGGCCCACGCUCUGUGGAGCGCGGUCAUGAACUACAACCCUUCCAACCCGCGCUGGUUCAACCGCGACCGCUUUGUCCUUUCCAACGGCCACGCCUGUGCACUUCAAUACUGCAUGCUCCACCUGACGGGCUAUGACAUGACGAUGGAUGACCUCAAGUCCUUCCGCCAGGUCGAGAGCCGCACGCCCGGCCACCCCGAGAACCACCUGACCGAGGGCAUUGAGGUCUCUACCGGUCCUCUGGGACAGGGCCUCUCCAAUGCCGUUGGCCUUGCCCUUGCUGAGAAGCACCUUGCCGCCACGUUCAAUCGACCCGGUUUCGACAUGGUGGACCACCACACCUUUGUCAUCUGCGGUGACGGCUGUCUUCAGGAAGGCGUGUCCGCCGAGGCCUCCUCGCUGGCCGGUCACCUUCGCCUGGGCAAGCUCAUCGUGCUGUAUGAUGACAACCAGAUCACCAUUGAUGGUGAGACCGAGCUGUCUUUUGGAGAGGACGUUCUCAAGCGCUACGAAGCCUACGGCUGGCACGUGUCAAGCGUCAGCAAGGGCGACAGCACCGAUCCGGCCGAGCUGCUCAAGGCCAUUGAGGAUGCCAAGGCCGUCACAGACAAGCCCUCAAUCAUCAAGGUCCGCACUGUCAUUGGCAUUGGUUCCCAGAAUCAGGGAACCGAGAAGGUCCAUGGCUCUCCUUUGGGUGAUGAGGACUUGGCCCAGGUCAAGAAGCUUUAUGGCUUCGACCCGGAAGCUUCCUUCGUGGUGAGCGACGAGGUCUACGAGUUUUACAAGAAGCGCGCCGACCUCGGUCGUGAGGCCGCGGCCAACUGGGACAAGCUGCUGGCCGAGUACAGGAGCAAGUUUCCGGAGCUGGCUGCCGACUUUGAGCGCCGCAUGAAGGGCGACCUGCCCGAGGGCUGGGAGAAGGAACUCCCCGCCUAUACCUCCGAGUCCAAGGCCGAAGCCACCCGCAAGUACUCCAUGUUCACGCUCGAGAAGCUGGUGCCCACCCUGCCCGAGCUGGUCGGUGGCUCUGCUGAUUUGACCCCCAGCAACCUGACCAAGGUCAAGGGCAACGACCUCGACUUCAGCCACAAGCACCCCGAAGGCCGUUACAUUCGCUUUGGUGUGCGUGAGCAUGCCAUGGCCGCCGUGUGCAACGGCAUGGCCGCGCAUGGCGGCAUCAUCCCCUUUGGGGCUACCUUCUUGGUCUUUACCGGCUAUGCUUUUGGUGCGGUGCGCCUGUCAGCCCUGUCGCACUUCCGUGUGAUCUACGUCAUGACCCACGAUUCGAUUGGGUUGGGCGAGGAUGGACCCACGCAUCAGCCCGUGGAGACACUGGCCUCUGCCCGCGCCAUUCCCAACUUGCUGGUCAUCCGCCCUGCGGACGGCAACGAGACCUCGGGUGCCUACAAGGCAGCUCUGCUUCAGUCGUCGACGCCAUCGAUCCUCUCCCUCUCGCGCCAAGGCUGCGCCAACAUUGCUGGCACCUCGAUUGACGGUGUGCUCAAGGGUGCCUACGUGGUGCGCAACGCUGAUCCCCCCAGCAUCAUUCUAACUGCCACGGGUUCGGAGCUGCAACUUGUCAUGCAAGCCGUCGACGAUUUGGAGGCUGAUGGCCACAAGGUUCGCGUCGUGUCCUUCCCCUGCUGGGAACUCUUUGAGCAACAGUCUCAAGAGUACAAGGAGUCCAUCUUCCCCGAUGGCGUACCUGUCCUGAGCGUUGAGGCAGGGGCUGCCACCGGAUGGGAGCGCUACUCGCACGGUCAAGUGUGCAUGUCCUCCUUCGGACAUUCUGGCCCAGGUGGCGAGGUCAUGAAGUACUUUGGCUUCAACAAGCAAAACGUCGUGGAGAAGGCCAAGAAGCUGGCCGAGUUUUAUGCUGGCGGCAAGGCGCAGAGCCGUGUCAUGAAGCCCUUUUAAAUGCUAAAAGUUUUGCAACGACCUUCUGUUCUUCUUUUACUCGUCUACCUGGUUGUUAUAUUUUUUUUUACCUUUUGAAGCAUGCGUUGCCUCGUCCACGGGUGACCAUUCGCUUGCCACGCCCUCUUCUCCUGCCAAUUGAUGCCAAUUUGUG